AUGAGGCAUUUCCUUUUCACUCAAUUUACUGUCUGCUCUGGUUCUUUCAGCUGUCUGAUCAAGAGCCUCGGUAUAUCAACUAGUGAUAACAAUAACCGAAUACCUCUGAAAGGUAUCGCAAAUGAAUACUCGCGCUUCGAUGUGUGGGCUGGAAGUGUCGGGGCAAAACAUGCCCCCCACAAGCGAAUCUCACUUGACUAUCGCCUCAGAGAUUCUAGCUUCUAUGCUGCCCGAGUUGUAGAUAUACUGCAGCGCCUUGAUAUUGCUCUCAGCACUGCCUCCGAUCUUAAAAUUGGCGAACGGCCGUUGGUCGAGGCAACCCAGCCCAGGUUUGAACGACAACGAGACAAUGACUCAGACCGAUCGUCCGUAACAUCGUCAGCUGAAAGCUCUAGUUCUGACGAAGCCGAUAUGAUGACUUAUGAGCGCCAAAUUGCUGCAUUAUACGAGUCGAUCACAAAGUCAGUGAGGCAUCUGUACUCGCUCGCGAUGGUCAUCAGGCAGCCAGUAGCAACCGACCGAUUAUCCAGAGCGUCCAAGAUCACAGUCGAUCAUUUCAUUUCGUUUGAUCAACGGCAUUUCGAUGAAUGCUUUCCUGACACUUCCCUGGUGCUGAAGAAACGGCUUGCUAAGGCAAUUACUCGUCGCCGUCAGUUGCUCAUAUAUAAUGAGCAACACUACCGGAAGUCUUCAGAACCUCAGCCGUCAGAAGAGACGACAGCAACAGGUCAUAUCACUCAAAAUGAGCCCCGGGAAAAAGCUGAACAGGAAAUGCCACCCCCUCCGGUUACCUCCGAUCCCAUACAGCAUCUGGUCAGAGACAGACCAAGCUAUGCCCCUACCAUCUCCAAAGGAAGUCUGCUGGCGAGUACCGAAGCGACCAAAUUCAUUCCUCCAGUCGAUAUGAGAGAAGAGCCAGAUGUUCAGUCAGAAUCCGGAACUAUUACGACCUUUGGAUUCACCGGUAAGGAUAGUGUAGGGAUCCGAGUACCUCCUCGCCCGCAGGACGACAAUGGCGAAGCACUGGAGCAGUUCCUCUGUCCCCUCUGCUAUCAUCUGAUUGAAGUGAAAGGCGAAAGAGCAUGGACGAGACACGUAUUCCGCGAUCUUCAAGCAUAUGUGUGCACUUUCGAUAACUGCGAAACACCUGAUAACUUAUUCGAAACCCGAAAGGACUGGUUGAGACACGAAUUCGAGAAUCAUCGCAGAGAAUGGCACUGUAAUGACCCGGAACACAAACCCUUCAACAAAUCGUUUGAAAGUGCCAAGCUCCCCGAAAGACACUUCAACACGACUGCGGAUAGCACUCUCACAAAGGUGACUCCCUGGCUAGUUUCGCUGCCGAACGACUUUGCAACGGAUGGCAAUCCGGCACCAGAUUCCACAGAAAGGCCACACCACGCUCAUCCUACCAUAGGACAUAGAGGACCUUGUUUCAUCCUUUCCACCCUGUUUGCACUCAAUAGAUCCAAGUUGAUGCCCGAGGAUGGAAACUCAGCUGAUACGGGGGAUGCAGUGGCAAGGUCUAAGUCAAGCUUUGAGUCAUUGCAGUCUGCCAACAGUGUGGAAGGUGAUGUAUAUCAGGGUCAUGGCUACGACGUAGUCAGUUUCGCAUCGAAGAUGAAUGUCACGCCUUUCCAAUUGGUGUCAUACGAGGCUCGGUACAAGCUCCAAAUGAUGGACCAUGUCUAUGUGAAACCUGAAGAAACUCGAAGCCUUAUUCAAGAAACCCUCAUCGAGAUUGUCUUCACAGAUCAAAGGCCUACAGGUGACCAUUCAAACAGCAGGCACCGUUUCUUUUCACCAGAGGGCAGUCUGGAAGGUAUUAUCACGAUGGGAUCGGUGUUUUCGGCCAUUUGCAACACAGGAGAAACACCAAACAGUAUCGAUCCAGAGACUUUCAAAUACACAGUCAUUUACACUGAAGCGAUUGGCAAGAAGCUGUUUUCCAUUUUACUUAUGGGUGGCCUGGAAGGGAAAGGACUAUGGCAUGCCAUGGACUUUUUCAACAAAAACAAUAUCUGUGAUGAAAACUUGCCACUUGAGGAAUCGGAUCUCAGAAACUUGUCAAAGCAUCUGUCCGAACUUGACAAUGAAGACGAUACUGAUUCCACCGACGCCGAUGAUGUUCAGAAAAAGAAACCCAGCAACUCGGGAAGCGCGGAGCUCAUCCACAACUUUUAUAACAACUAUCAGUGGAAGUUUUGUGCCCCAGUAUUUUCGAGUGAAGAGACCCUUGAGGUCAGGGACCAAAAUGAAAAGUGUAUUCUCCCCUUCACGGAGAGGUGCACGAAGAUAGAUGAAGAUUCUUAUGGACAGGCAAUCAGAUACGAGAUUCAUCGGCGCCAUCUUGUGCCAAAUGACAUGGUGAAAGCAAGACUCGCAACCUUUUGCUUUGAUCGGGAUCUAACGACUGAGACUCAUAAGACUCAGAACCCAUUCUACGUUAUUGUCAUACGCCUAUCUUUCGAGCCAAUGUGGCAGGAUGAACUGGGCAAACUGAAAAGAAUCCAGGCACUAAACCAAAGACACAUCGUCAAACUCAUUACCACGUUUCGUCAAGGGGAAGAUGACUUUUAUUUCGUUUCCGAAGCAUCUGAUGGCGGGAACCUGAGAGACUUCUGGCAGACAUUCCCACGAGUUUUGACUGCUCGCUUGGUAAGAUCUGUGACCGAGCAAUUUUAUGAGUUAGUGUAUGCUUCUUUUGAAGUAGGGCUGACGACAGCACUCAUCGAAAAGAAUACACUUGUAAGCAAUGAUAAUCUGAGCCCAGAAAAUAUACUCUGGCUCAAGGAGGGGAAUGGGGCGGAUCACAAAGUCGGCACCAUGAAGACCUGUCAUCAGUCAUGGGUUACCCAACUCGUAUCACAAGAUUCCCCAUCAGUAAAACUAUAUAAGCAACCUGGAGAGGAAUCGUGUAUGUACUUCACGAGGGUCUCGUCAGAUGACAUGUGGGCUAUGGGACGCAUUAUGCUCGAGUUCAUGGUCUGGCGUUUGUACGGCUGUGAAGGUUUGAACAAAUUCCACCACGAUAUGAAGUCAGGACUUCCCGAGCCGGACUCUAACAGGUACUUUUGGCAGUCCAGUCCUAAUGGAUUUAGGGUUCACCCUGUUGUGCUAGGGUGGAUGGACCACCUGGCUAAGGACCCCGUAUGCAGAGUACGAGAGACCGCUCUGGGAGACCUCCUGGAUUUCACUAGGGAUCGUCUUCUCGUAGUCAACGUGGUUUCUUGGCCCGAUCCAAGACCAAUAGACUACGAAGAUCACAAACCGACAGAUAAGCCUGUUGCCAAGACGUAUUCUGACCUCUGGAACAAACACCGGGGGUUGAUUACAAAACUAUACGUUUAA